CCCCAAUCUACCGCUGGGUGCUUAUCAACCAGAAACGUAGGACUGCUUUUUGUUUUUUUUCCAGUCUAAACAUUAUUGUAUCUCCCUGCAACACAACCUGGUUUAUUUUUUCUUGUUUCCCUUACAUUUUUUUUUAUACCAUGAGUUUCCUCCGUGCUGUCACCAAGACCUCUGCUUUCUUGCGUCCUACCGUUCAAUUGCGUACACCCGCUGCUUCUUUGUAUGCUCGUUGGAUUUCCACCGAAAUGAAGAACCGUUUAGACAAGGAUAUCAAAUCCAACGAUGUUGUCUUAUUCAUGAAGGGUACACCUGAUCAACCUAUGUGUGGUUUCAGUCGUGCUACAGUUCAAAUUAUGCAAGUUCAAGGUGUCGAUUUCGAUAAAAAGGUUAAUGCAUACAAUGUUUUGGAAGAUGCUGAAUUAAGAGAUGCCAUCAAGGAAUACUCUGAAUGGCCUACUAUUCCUCAAGUUUACAUUAAGGGUGAAUUCGUGGGUGGUUGUGAUAUCUUAUUAAACAUGCAUCAAUCCGGCGAUCUUGAAGAUUUACUUGUCAAGAACGAAAUUAUUGAAGCUGAGGAAGAAGAGGAAGAGAAGAAAUAAAAAGAAAAAAAGAUUCUUAUUUUAGUAAAAAAGUGUAUAUUAUAUGACCAAAAAAAAAA